AUGCAAAUAUCGCCAGGGCCAGGGCAGGGUCAAGGGCGAGGAGGAAACAGGGCCUGCAAAGGGUUGUGGCUAGAAGCUGUCAUUCUGGCUCCAUUCAGCCACAUGACUUAUCGCUUCAGCUAUCAUUCAAACGGAAGGGGCGGGGCCUGGACCACUGUCCAAUCAGGCACGCCUCGGGGCGUGGCAACGUUCAACCCUCUCCUGGGCUCUUUGUUUCUGGCGCCCGCUGUCUUAGGUUUGGCGUCUGCGCUGUUUCCCAGAGGUUGGGGUGCCCUGCCGCCAUCGCCGUGUAACCUGCGCCGGCUGCUGAGCCGUAGGGGGGACGCGGGGACAUCCCGGAAGUGGGACAUGGUGAGUGUGGGGCGGGCGUCCCGAGACGGGGAGCGGGGCCGGUUCCAACCGGAGCCGGCCGUGGCCGCGGGACCCGGGCCUCCCGCGCUCAGCCCGGGAGUCUGCGGCCCCGAGUCCGCCGCCGGCGCAGCGCGGCCCUCGGUCCCCUCCGGCCGCAGGGUGGGGCGGGGCCGGCGGCCGGGACCCCGGGAGUCCUGUCCCGUCCCUGCGGCGGCGACCUCGGCCCGGACCCCUCUCUGGGCAGCCCCGCGUGUCCACAGAGUGUGCGGUGACGGCGGGGUCCUCAGGGGACACCCGACUCGGGCCGUGGGGCUCGGGCGGGGACAUGUGAUGAAGGACAUUGUGGACAGCCUAACUGGAGUCCGACAUGACCACGUUAAAAAGGUGCCCAGACAGCAGGAAUGCAUUCAGUGGCCAUCCCUCUUGAACUUCAGUCAGAUUCAGAAAAAGAUCAUUAGAAGCAAAUGUAAGGAGUCAGUGGCCUUUGAGGAUGUGUCUGUCACCUUUACACCAGAGGAGUGGGCUAUGCUGGAUCAUUCCCAGAAAAAACUCUACAGAGAUGUCAUGGGGGAAAUCUAUACAAGCUUGACUUCUGUGGGAAAAAAAUGGGAAGAGCAGAACAUUGAAGAUCAGUACAAAAAUCACAACAGAAAUUUAAGCAAUCAUAUUGUAGAGAAAGUCAGUGAAAAUAAAGAAAGUCAUCACUGUGGACAAACCUUCAGCCAGAAUCCAACUCUUAACCUGAAUGAGAAAAAUUCUCCUGAAGUAAAACAAUGUGCAUGUAGAUUAUGUGAAAAAGCCUUCAUGUGUCAUUCAUCCUUGAAUAGGCACAUUGCAUCUCUUACUGGACUGGAACCAUAUGAGAAUCAGGAAUAUGGAGAGAAGGCAUAUAAUCGUAAGCAACUUGGGAAAGCCUUCGGUUAUCUCCACCCCUUUCAAAUUUAUAAAAGGACUCUCACUGGAGAGAAACCCUAUGAAUGUAAGGAAUGUGGGAAAGCCUUCACUUUUCUUUCAAGUGUUCGAAGUCACAUGGUAAUACACACUGGAGAUGGACCUUAUAAAUGUAAGGUAUGUGGGAAAGCCUUUGACCGCCACAGUUCAUUUCACAUGCAUGAAAGGGCUCACAAUGGAGAAAAACCCUAUGAAUGUAAGCAAUGUGGUAAAGCCUUUGGUUGGUCCAGUUCCUUUCGAAGACAUGAAAGAACUCACACUGGAAAGAAACCCUACAAAUGUAAACAAUGUGGUAAAGCCUUUAGUUUUUUUAGUUCUCUUCAAAAACAUGAAAGAACUCACACUGGAGAGAAACCCUAUGAAUGUAAGGAAUGUGGAAAAGCCUUCAUUUCUCUCACAAGUGUCCGAAGACACAUGAUAGUACAUACUGGAGAAGGACCUUAUAAAUGUAAGGUAUGUGGAAAAGCCUUUGGCAGCCACAGUUCAUUUCACAUGCAUGAAAGGGCUCACACUGGAGAAAAGCCCUAUGAAUGUAAGCAGUGUGGUAAAGCCUUCAGUUGGUUCAGUUCCUUUCAAAGACAUGAAAGAACUCACGCCGGAGAGAAACCAUAUGAAUGUAAAGAAUGUGGAAAAGCCUUCAUUUUUCUCGCAGGCAUUCGACGUCAUAUGGUAGUACACACUGGAGAUGGACCUUAUAAAUGUAAGAUAUGUGGGAAAGCCUUUGACCGUCCCAGUUCAUUUCACAUGCAUGAAAGGACCCACGAUGGAGAAAAACCUUAUGAAUGUAAACAGUGUGGUAAAGCUUUUGGUUGGUCUAGUUCUCUCCGAAUACAUGAAAGAACUCACACUGGAGAGAAACCUUAUGAAUGUAAACAAUGUGGUAAAUCCUUCAGCUGUUCCACUUACUUUCGACGGCAUGAAAAAACUCACACCCAAGAGAGACCCUGUGAAUGUAAGGAAUGUGGGGGAGCCUUCGAUUCUCUGACAGGUGUUCGAAGACACAUGAUAGUGCACAUUGGAGAGGGACCUUAUAAAUCUGAGCUGUGUGGGAAAGCUUUCGACUGUCCCAGUUUAUUUCAAUGUCAUGAAAGGAUUCACACUGGAGAGAAACCCUAUGAAUGUAAACAGUGUGGGAAAGCCUUCACUUGUUCCAGUUCUAUUCAAAGACAUGAAAGAUCUCACACUGGAGAGAAGCCCUAUGAGUGUAAGGAAUGUGGACAAGCCUUCAUUUCUCUUGCAAAGGUUCAAAGACACAUGUCAGUGCACACUAGAGAUGGACCUUAUAAGUGUCAGAUAUGUGGGAAAGACUUUGAGUAUCCCAGCUUAUUACAAAGGCAUGAAAGAAGUCACACUGGAGAGAAACCGUAUGAAUGUAAACAUAAAGUCUUUGGUUGGUCCAAUUCCCUCCAAAUACACAAAAGAACUCAAACUGGAGAAAAACCCUAUGAAUGUAGAAAAUGUGGUAAAACUUUAAAUCGUUCCAGUUCCUUUCAACAGCAUGAAAAAACUCAACUGGCUAAAAAUGCUAAAUGUGAGGGAUGUAGAAAAGCUUUCAGUUGGUUCAUACACUGA